GCCAGAGAGAAAAUGCAUGCAGCUCUGCUCAGCAUGGACAGAGCCUUAAGAACAGAGCCUUCACAGCAUCUGGAAUGAGUGAGAUGUAAAUAUUUACAGCCUGCUAUUGCAAGGUCAAGAAGGAGGCCCUCAUCCUAGAGACUGCUUAUUUAAUCUGUGGAGAAGAAAGAGGAUGGUCUGCCUCUACCUCCUGUGAGAAAGAAAUGAUGGUGGGAGGGAUGGAGCUGUUGGGAUCUCCCCAUUUCCUCUGGGUUCUGUGUCUAAAAGGAGACCUCCAUUCGCUUCCCUUUCAUAAUGGGCCACUAGAUAACUAGGCAGCCUCAGCAAAGACCCUGCAUCCUAAGGAGGUGAACGGGAGCAAACACGACUUCAGACCCAGAGCCCAAGAAGCCAGAGGCUUUCACCUCUUAGGGCUGCCAGGUCUCUCAGCUCUCCUGCUUCUAUUCUGCUGCCCCUUCUCCCAGUAACAUGGAGCCUCAAUACAUAGUGCUCUUGCUGAUCCUGGCCAGACCAGUCCUGUCAGGACCUGAACCAAUCACCGGGCCGAGGUGCACCUAUACCUUCAUCUUGCCACAACAGAAGUUCACUGGGGCUGUGUGUUGGAGUAGCGUGCGCCCUCCCCCGGAGCCUCCGGGCCCAAACCGAAGUGAGGUGGAGGAGCUCCGUGACCAGCUGGGUCGGCAGCAGGCUCAGAUGGAUGAGCUGCGUCGGCUGGUGGAGGUGGACGGAGCGGUAGUGAGUGAGGUCAAGGCUCUGCGCAAGGAAAGCCGCAACGUCAACGCCCGUGUCACCCAACUCUAUACUCAGCUGCUUCAUGAGAUCCUUCAGCGGCGAGAGCGGCCCGUGCAGACCUCCCAGCUCGAAGGGCAGGUGGCCAAUGCCUCCGCUGAGGCCUUCCGUGUAGCUGCCAACUACCGCCAACUAGAGGGCAAGUACCAGGCCCUGGCUGCUCUCGUCAACAACCAGAGUGCCCUCAUCAGCCGGCUGGAGAGAGACUGCCAGGAAGGAAUGAGUGGCAGGGUGCGCUCGCAGCCACCGCUGGUUCCAGUCAUACCUCAGAACCCUGUGAGCAUCACCAAUGAGAGCAGAGCCCACUUUGAUGCCAUCAAUGACAUCCAACGAGACCAGACGGCACCUGCCCAGCCCUGGCCACAGAAGGCACUCAUUCCACCAGAUGGCACUAUCCAAUCCCCCGCUGUUGUGCCUACCAGAUCCACAGGGCCCUGGAAUGACUGCCAAGCUGCUCAACAGGAUGGCCAGGCCAGCGGCAUUACUAUGCUGCAGCCACCAGGUGCCCUGGGCAUCAUCCAGGCCUGGUGUGACCAGGAGUAUGACGGGGGUGGCUGGACCGUCAUUCAGCGACGGCAGGAUGGGUCGGUCAACUUCUUUGUCACCUGGCAGCACUACAAGCAUGGCUUUGGGAACCUGGAAGGAGAGCACUGGCUGGGCCUGGAGCCCAUCUACUGGCUGACCCGCCAGGCCUCCUACGUGCUGCGGGUGUUGCUGGAAGACUGGAACGGACGGCAGGCCCAGGCCGAGUACGAUGCUUUUGCCCUGGAGCCCGAGAGCGACUUCUACCGCCUGCGGCUGGGGCGCUACCAGGGCAGCGCUGGCGACUCGCUCUCCUGGCACAGCGGCCGACAGUUCAGCACCCUGGACCGCGACCAUGAUGCUUACUCAGGGAACUGUGCUCACUAUCAGAAGGGUGGCUGGUGGUACAACAUGUGUGCCCAUUCCAACCUCAAUGGCGUCUGGUACAAGGGAGGGCACUACCGAAGCCGCUAUCAGGAUGGCGUCUAUUGGGCAGAGUAUCGUGGUGGUGCCUAUUCACUCCGCAAGGUGGCAAUGAUGAUCCGGCCCACUCCAGGCACCUAGCUGCCCCUCUUGGGAGUAGGAAAGGACACACACCAGGGAAGGGUACAGACAUACUCAGUCACUGAGCUCUGAAUGUGCAUUUACCAUGUUGUCAUUAGCCAAUCCAAUUUUCUCUCCAGAACUGCCCUCAGGUGAAAAAGGUUCUGCCAGUGUGCUGUGGAAACUGGCUCUUCAUUGUGCUGAUUGGCUGGGAACUUGUGACAUCACAAACCCACCCAACCCCUCGCCCACUGCAAAUUUUCAACUUAGGGAAAAAAUGUGCCAAAUUAUCUUCUAAACCAUUGACAAAUCAUAUUUCAAGACACAGGAAUGAUGGGAGUAUUACUCUAACAAUAUCUGGGGACCCAAGGUUGGGAACCCUUGGUUUAAAACAUAUACAUCUACAAGUAGAACCUUCAACAAGCACCAUUCUUUUAAAAAUACAGAGAGACAGCCUGCCUGCCAUGUGGGAGAGGGGCAAAACAGAAGAGGAAAUCAGCAUUCCAUGCAGAUAUCAGAAUUUGUGGUGCAAAAGAGGGGGUGGCAGGAGCUGGAUCCAUGCUACAGGUAAAAAAAAAAACACACCCAAACCCAUGCUGGCUCCUGGUUUCAGGUACAAUUGCACUCUCUCCAACAUACUCUGUCUCUCACACUCACAUAUUAUAGAAGUGGUUACUCCUGAUGGGAUUGAGACACCCUGUGGCAGAAAACCACCCUGCAGCAGUUUAAGGAACUUCAUUUGAAGAGGAUACCACUGGGAGCCUCCUCAGUAGAGAAUUUCCUUCUUGAGCAGGGCAGUUCUCCAGCUUGGCUCCAGCGCAGAGACUUGGGAGCAGCCAGGAGAUAAAUUAUUGUAUGUGCUGGAAUACUACAGCUGGAAUAUCUGAGACUCUGUACACUACAGCUAUGCCGUUCCUGACAAUCUAUCGUCGUCUGAGCAGGCCUAAGCAGAGGACUCCCUGCCAUACUUUUCACAGAUCGGAAACUUGAAGCCCAGCAGAGCGAAACUGGCUUUUCAACACGGGUCUGGCAUACAACCCAUAAAACCAAGCAACCAGAGGAAUGCUUGUUGGUGUGUUCUGCUUGAGCCAGCAGCUGACUUCUUUGUAAAUAUACGUGCACCAGCAGCCACAAGUUCAAGAUUGGUUUUUGAGGGAGUGUUCAUGCUAACCUCUGUAGAUCUGUGUAAUAGCUAAGAAUGUUCGUAUUCUGUACCCCACUUUUCCCCACCCCAAAUAAAAAUUCUGCUCCAAAUAAAAUCAAGUCCAUCACUCAGAAUAAAUUAUACAAAUCCACACAUGAAGAUAAAUGUGUUUAUUUUGCAUAAUUCUGCUUAGUUUGCUUGUUCGUGUUAGUUCUAAACAAGUUUCUCUGGCAAGAAAACUCAUAUUCUGCCCUCAGAAUAAAGUAUGAAGACGUAUAACUGA